AUGGAGAUCACCACUCCGGACAAAGGAGCCACAAAAGAGAACCUCUACAAGAAGGAGACAUCCGAUGAGCCGAUAGUCGACGAAGAUGAGCUCUCGCCGGUGGAAGAAGUCCGGCUCACGGUCCCCAACACCGACGACAAAUCCCUUCCGGUAUGGACUUUCCGCAUGUGGUUCCUUGGGCUGCUCUCUUGCGCCCUCCUCUCCUUCCUCAACCAGUUCUUCUCGUACCGGAAGGAGCCUCUUGUCGUCACGCAGAUCACCGUGCUCGUCGCCACCCUCCCCGUGGGGCGGUUCAUGGCGGCCGUCCUCCCCGAGACCAAAUUCCGUGUCCCGGGGCUCAAGUCCCGGGAGUUCUCCCUCAACCCUGGCCCUUUCAACGUGAAGGAGCAUGUUUUGAUAUCAAUAUUUGCUAAUGCGGGGAGUGCUUUUGGAAAUGGCUCGGCUUAUGCAGUUAUGAUUGUUGAUAUUAUUAAGGCCUUUUAUGGUAGGAAAAUUUCCUUCUUGUCUGGCUGGAUUCUCAUCAUAACCACGCAGGUUUUGGGAUAUGGUUGGGCUGGGCUUCUGAGGAAGUACGUGGUGGAACCGGCGCAUAUGUGGUGGCCUAGCACCCUUGUUCAGAUUUCCUUAUUCCGGACCCUACAUGAAAAGGAAGAAGAAGACAAGGACAACAAGCGCCGUAUUUCAAGAGCAAAAUUCUUUGUGAUUGCCUUAAUUUGUAGCUUCUGCUGGUAUGUGUUCCCGGGAUACCUCUUCCAAACCUUGCAAAGCAUCUCUUGGAUCUGUUGGGCCUUCCCUGAUUCAGUUACGGCCCACCAAAUUGGGUCAGGCCUAAAUGGGCUUGGAUUAGGAGCCUUGACACUGGACUGGUCCACAGUGGCGUCGUUCUUGUUCAGCCCACUAGUAUGCCCUUUCUUUGCCAUUGCAAAUGUGUUUGUGGGAUAUGUGCUGAUAAUAUACCUAGUGAUUCCCAUUUCGUAUUGGGGUUUGAAUGUGUUCGACGCCAAGACGUUUCCCAUAUUCUCCUCGGACUUGUUCACUGGGUCAGGUCAGUUGUACAAUGUGUCGUUGAUUGUUAAUAAGAAGUUUGAGCUGGAUCUUGAGCAGUACAAACAGCAAGGGAGGGUCCAUUUGAGCACUUUCUUUGCUUUGACCUAUGGCUUUGGAUUUGCUACUAUAGCCGCUACACUUACUCAUGUGGCCUUGUUCCAUGGAAGAGAGAUUUAUGAACGAUACAAAGCUUCUUUCAGAGGAAAGGAGGAUAUUCACACGAGAUUGAUGAAGAAGUACAAAGACAUACCUUCUUGGUGGUUUCAUUUGCUUCUGGCGGUGACUAUCACAGUCUCUCUAGCACUCUGCAUCUUCUUGAAAAAGGAGAUCCAGAUGCCAUGGUGGGGCCUUCUAUUUGCUGCAGCUCUUGCCUUCAUUUUCACCCUUCCCGUCAGCAUCAUAACUGCUACCACCAAUCAGACACCGGGGCUUAAUAUCAUCACGGAAUACAUAAUGGGAGUAAUACUGCCUGGAAGGCCGAUAGCCAAUGUAUGCUUCAAGACUUAUGGAUACAUGAGCAUGUCUCAAGCAAUCUCCUUCCUUGCUGAUUUCAAAUUAGGCCAUUACAUGAAGAUUCCUCCAAGGUCCAUGUUCCUAGUUCAGUUCAUAGGUACCAUGUUAGCCGGGACAAUAAACAUAAGCGUGGCAUGGUGGCUCCUCCACACCGUAGACAACAUCUGCCACGACGGGAACAACACCUGGUCGUGCCCCAGCGACAACGUCUUCUUCGACGCCUCCGUCAUCUGGGGCCUCGUCGGCCCGAGGCGCAUCUUCGGCUCCCGCGGAGAGUAUCCCUCACUCAACUGGUUCUUCCUCGGCGGAGUCCUGGGCCCACUCCUUGUCUGGCUCCUCCACAGGCUCUUCCCAAACCAGCAGUGGAUUCCCCUCGUCAACCUCCCCGUCCUCCUCGGCGCCACCGCCAACAUGCCGCCCGCCACGCCGCUCAAUUACACAUCGUGGAUCGCGGUGGGGACGGUCUUCAACUUCUUCGUUUUCAGGUACAGGAAGAGGUGGUGGCAGAGGUAUAACUACGUCCUGUCGGCGGCGUUGGACGGCGGCGUCGCCUUCAUGGCGGUGCUGCUUUACUUCUCUCUCGGAGUAGAGAAUAAGAGCUUGCACUGGUGGGGGUCUUACCCUGAUAGAGACACUGAGCAUUGUGCCCUCGCUACUUGCCCUACUGCAAAGGGUAUAUCGGUCGAUGGCUGCCCAAUAUUCUAG